UCCGUAUUAAACUUUCGAUCAGAUCUUUUACACACAUAAUACACUUCCUUUGCUUCCCAAAGGCCGCCGUCAAAUUUAGCAAUGGGCGUGGCUGAAGAGGCGGUGUGCGGCGAACCUAUGGCGGUGAUUAAUGAAAAAUAUUGUGAUCCUCGUGAGGUUCAAAUUUCUGUCAAGAAAAAGUGGUGUUUUUUCAUAAAAGGCUAUGAAGUAAGGGACGACAGCAAUGGCAAAAUUCUCUUCACCGCCAACAAGAUCUCAUCCUUCUUCCACUCCACUCUGAUCCUCCUUGAUGCCGCCAAACAGGCUGUUGUUACUCUUCGACAAAAGAAGAUAUUUCCGCUUGAGUCGUGGGACAUUUACAGAGGAGUAGAGAAAGGGGAGACUGACAUCAUCUUCACCACAAGAACUUCUUCACUGUUCCAAUUGACCCCAAACCAAGAAGUCUUCUUGGCAAGCAAUAAAAACCCAUCACUAAAAGUGUGCGAUUAUAAGAUGGAGACUUGUCACAGGAUGUUCUUGCCGCCUAUUAGUAAAAUCUUUGCUCAACCAUCUUAUGCCUUAAUAGCUGAGAGCGUGAAGCAAUCGUCUUUUUUUGGAGAGGAUAAGUUAAAGGUGACCGUGCAGCCAAACGUGGAUCAAGCCUUCGUUGUUUCUCUACUAAUGAUUCAAGAGGAAAUAAAUCGCCGUAAAGAUGACUCUGAAGACUCUGACGAUGAAGAAGAUUGAAGAUCGAAGACUAAAUAACAAGUACGAACAAGUACGAAGUACUACGUAUUUCAUAAUCUUAUAAAUUCAAUUAUUUGUCCAACAGGACUUUUACGAACUCAUCUGUUUUUGUCGUACAUUCUCUGACAUUUGACAUUUAUAUUGCAUUUAAUUUAAUUUAUAUUUCUAUGAUUGAUUGAUGUUUCAUUCUAAAAAGACCUUGAGAGACCAAGAAUGAUUUUAAUUAAGUGCUCCA